AUGUUGCAGAAUCAGGGAAUGUCUUCAUUGGAGGCACCUCCACCCUCCAACUCCUUGAAGACCGAUGAGAUGAUGGAGACACCAAUGACCUAUGAGGCUGUAGUUCCUCACUGGUUUUUCCAGAUACAGGACACCAAGGGAUCCUGGAGCCCAUUCAGCAAAGAAGAUUCUGACAAACUGGAGGAAGCAUAUUGUUCUGGACAAAACCCAAACAGUAUUGUGAUCCCAGUGUGUGGAGGACGAUAUGACGUGUAUUUGGGGAGCCGUCGGAGGCUGUCUGUGUACUGGGAUGAGGAGGAUUCUUUGGUGCAGAGGUGUACCUGGUUCUACAAAGGGGAUAAAGACAGCAAAUAUAUCCCUUACUCAGAGAACUUCAGUGAGAUCCUAGAGAAUUCUUACAUGGAAGCUGUGGUCCUGAAUGAAUGGAAGAAGAGAUUGGAAUCUCCAUCAAGAGACCUCAUUAUUCUUCAUAACCCCAAGCUCAUGGUGCACUACCAGCCAUCAGGAGUCGCAGAUGAGUGGGGGGCCACGCCAAGUGAACAAGGCCGACCCCGGACAGUGAAAAGAGGGGUGGAAAAUAUUUCUGUAGAAAUUCCUCAAGGUGAGCCAGCCCAGAUCGAUCACCUGGUGUUUAUGGUCCAUGGUAUAGGACCAGCUUGUGAUCUGCAAUUUCGAAGCAUUGUACAGUGUGUGAAUGACUUCCGGCUUGUUUCUCUCAAUUUGCUGCAUGCUCACUUUAAGAGGGCCCAGGAGCAAGAGCAGAUUGGCCGAGUGGAAUUCCUCCCUGUAAAUUGGCACAGUGCUCUCCACGCUGAUGCUACCGGAGUAGACAGCGACAUCCAAAGGAUUACACUUCCCAGCAUUAAUCGACUCCGUCAGUUCACUAAUGAGACACUGUUAGAUCUGUUCUUUUAUAAUAGUCCAACAUAUUGCCAAACCAUUGUCAAUACAGUGUGUGGGGAGAUGAAUCGUAUCUACCGACUUUUUCUGGAACGGAAUCAGGCAUUCAAGGGACAGGUUUCAGUGACCGGACACAGCCUUGGAUCACUUAUACUAUUUGAUAUGCUAACAAACCAGAAUGAUCCCUUACUCCGAAAUCACCAGAGGGUAAAGGUAUAUUUUCUGUUUCUUUUUUUCUCUAGUUUAUCUGAUUAUUAUACCUCCCUCCACUUUGUAGGUUAG